AAUCUUUCCAAGGGGCAGAAAAAUCGGUCUUGCCUGUUUGAUCAAGCUUGCUUUGAAAUCCUGAUUGCAAAAUAAUAUUGAGCAGGGAAGAGCGAAGUCGUAGCUCAAACGGACAGACCGGCAAAAAAAAGAAGAACAAAACUAUUCACAACUAGGGUAUUUUAAAGUGUUUGUUGUCUGUUAAAUACAUCCAAAUCGAGAUGUUCCUAAAUCUUUGGAUUGCUUCGGUUUUAGAUCCGUGGGGGGAGGGGGCCUCGUCUAAAAUUGCCGAAAUUAAACUCGUAUGUUCCAAAUGUACAUGAUCAGGUUUAAUAUUCUCUAACGUCCUGGUCGCCCUAUCUCUGCGUUUAUCAAUGAAUCGGUUGAGGAUCUGUAAAUCUCUACACGUCCCUCUUCGGGGUGGGAAAGCAUCUUCCCUCAUCUCUCAUUACAAAUAAUUAAUACUCCUAAAGGGUAGGUUGGUCGGUGUAUUUUCCCCACUUUUAUUGAGCCUAGUCUUAAGGAACCUAUUCAUGCACAAAUCUGUGUAUAUCUGCAUAUAGCAGCAUAUAUUUCUACCAGUGUAUCUAUUUUAAUAAUAGCAGACAUGUAAACAAAUCAAUACCUAUUGCUAUCUAUUUUGCAAUGCUUGCUCGUCAUGAUCAAAAAGUCCACAUUAACAUUGACUCUCUUAUAUGCAUAUACGGAUGUGUGGCUGUAUAUUUAUAUAUUUAUAUUUAUCAUGGGUGCGUGCGACUGUGUGUGCCAAUAUAGAGUUGUGUGUGCAUCAGGGGUGUGUAAUUAUAUGCAUAAUAUAUGUGUGUUCAAUAUGUCUAUGUGUUCUAUAUAAACUGUGUAGAUGGGAAUGAUUUUCCUAUCCGGCUGAGGUUUACUUCUCCAGCCUAUUGUUUCAGACAACAGAUAUAAGUUGCGAUGGGAGAGGAACGUCGGGUUUGGUGUCUGUCCCCCAUUUCCAAUUAUAGAUGGAUCAUUACAGACAGAGAAGUACUGAGAAUCCAGACAUCUGCUCUUCACAUGAAUGCACCCACCUCCUAGAGAACAGCCCGCCAUCAUGCUCUGGAAACUGGUCGAAAAUGUCAAGUAUGAAGAUAUCUACGAGGACCGCCACGAUGGCGUGCCCAGUCACAGCUCUCGGCUGUCCCAGCUGGGCUCGGUCUCGCAGGGACCCUACUCGAGCGCCCCUCCGCUGUCUCACACCCCGUCCUCGGACUUCCAGCCGCCCUACUUCCCGCCGCCCUACCAGCCGCUUCCCUAUCACCAGAGCCAGGACCCUUACUCCCACGUCAAUGACCCCUACUCCCUGAACCCUCUGCACCAGCCCCAGCAGCACCCUUGGGGGCAGAGACAGAGGCAGGAGGUGGGCUCGGAGACCGGCUCGCUGCUGCCCCAGCCGCGGGCGUCGCUGCCUCAGCUCUCGGGACUGGACCCCAGGCGGGACUACCACUCGGUCAGGCGGCCAGACGUCCUGCUCCACUCAGCUCACCACGGCCUGGACUCCGGCAUGGGCGACGCGCUUUCUCUCCACGGCAUCGGGCACCCGGGGAUGGAGGACGUCCAGUCAGUAGAAGAUGCCAAUAACAGCGGCAUGAACUUGUUGGACCAGUCUGUCAUCAAAAAAGUUCCAGUUCCUCCAAAAUCUGUAACUUCUCUGAUGAUGAACAAAGACGGCUUCCUUGGUGGCAUGUCUGUGAACACAGGCGAAGUAUUUUGUUCAGUACCUGGGCGGCUCUCCUUGCUCAGCUCAACUUCCAAGUACAAAGUAACUGUUGGAGAAGUUCAAAGGCGCCUCUCACCCCCAGAAUGUUUGAAUGCCUCGCUUCUUGGAGGAGUACUUAGAAGAGCCAAAUCGAAAAACGGGGGCAGAUCGUUGCGAGAGAGACUAGAAAAAAUCGGCUUGAAUUUGCCAGCCGGCCGGCGCAAAGCGGCAAAUGUCACCUUACUCACCUCCCUGGUGGAAGGAGAAGCUGUACAUUUAGCUCGGGAUUUUGGAUACAUCUGUGAAACUGAGUUCCCAGCCAAAGCUGUUUCUGAGUACCUGAACAGACAGCAUACAGACCCUACUGAUCUCCACUCCAGGAAGAAUAUGCUGCUUGCCACAAAGCAACUUUGUAAAGAAUUUACGGAUCUCUUGGCCCAGGACAGGACACCCAUUGGCAAUAGCAGGCCCAGCCCCAUUUUGGAACCUGGGAUUCAGAGCUGCUUGACUCACUUCAGCCUCAUCACUCACGGCUUUGGGUCCCCAGCCAUAUGCGCUGCCCUGACUGCUCUCCAGAACUACCUGACUGAAGCUCUCAAAGGCAUGGACAAGAUGUUCUUGAACAACAACUCUGCUAACAGGCACACUUCUGGGGAAGGACCAGGUAGUAAAACUGGAGACAAGGAAGAGAAGCACAGAAAAUGAAAAAAACAAAAAACAAAAAACAAGGAAGCUAAUGAAAUUAGGGGAAAAAUAAAUAAAAGGAAAAGCAGAGAGAGAAAAAUCUUUUUAAACAAACAUUUUAAUUUUAGCUUUAAAAUAUUGGAUUGGGCUUUGGAAGAAUUAUACUAGGUAGGUCACACCCACAUUUUAUUUUAUUUUAAAGGAAGUAAGGUCAGAGACGCACAAUGGAAACAGGAACACAGAGGCUCAGUGGCUUUUGCAAAGGAACUUUUGAAGACAACUUCAAGGAAUUUCCACUUCUGUUCUCCUGCAAUCUUUUUGUGAUAAUUGGGGAGGGUGUGUGUGAAAAAUGUCAAUAAUAGGUAAAAACAAUCAAUAACUUCUUGGAAGAAUCUUUUUGAUAAUGUUGAUAUGUUGGCCGAGAUACAUAGUCUGUUUCUGUAUAAUUGUUAUUUUUCAAAAAAAAAAAGUCUAUCUAAAGUAGAAAAAUCAAAAAAACUAAGGGAUAGAUUUAUUUUAUAUGGGACUGUCCCAUUCAGAGCAAAGUGUCCUGUUUUCAGCUCAGACCAACUGUAGCCCCCUGACUUGGGUGAUGUCUUGCCACUGCCACUCUAUGUCAUCAGAAUACCCAGGCCUAAGCUCUACCAAUAGUCUCCAGCUUGCAGAUUUCUUCACAGUGGGUUGAGGUAGCAAGAAAUGAGAGCUCUGGAUCUGUUUAGACUAGAAACCAUUAUGGGGAAACCUAAAGCAAUGCAUUUGCAUCUAACAAGCUCACAUUCUGAUGAAGUUAAAACUAUUCUUACUUGGAAGAGUAUUUCAAAUAAUGUUAGCUAAAAAGACAGUUAUCGAGUGUCCCCAUUUUCAAUACAGACUACCCAAAUUUCUGGGUUUACUGAAAACUAGAUGCUUUACAUAUUUAUUCCUAAAAUUCUGAAGCUGCAACUUUGCAAGUUUCACUGGCUGUUAGGAUGUGUAAAGUUUGCAUACAGGAUCCAAUGAGAUUUUGAUAACAAGGCAGUGAACUAACUUGGAAUUAGGUGGUAACCUCCAGAAUAACAUUUUUUUAAAAAUGGAGAUGUACAUGUGAAAAAACGUUAUACAGGAAUGCAAACGCUCUGAACACAAGAGGGGAAGCAUACUACAUUCUCCUGCUUCUGGAUGAUUCUUUUUAAAACCAAUAUGCACAUCUUGCAUUCAUAUAUAACUUUUUUAUGUAUUUCUUCUCCAUGAAGGUCAAAUGCUACAUCAGAACUGGUCCUAUGUUUCAAAUCAAUAUGACCUAUUUCCAAGUCCAGUUGCUGCAGUCUGACAAUCCCUUGUAGAUGCAGGACUUCGUAUGUACACACAAAUCUCUCCUGUUUGCAAGAGUUUCCUUUGCAUUGCAAUGAAACCACCUAUCUCAUUUGAGCAGAUAGCUCAGUGGGCCCCACGAGAAUUGUACAUGGAGGUGCGCCACUGAAGUGAACAGGAGCUUCUUGUGUGCAUUCAAGUGCAGAGAACUGGCUGUUCUAAGACUGGGAACAAUAUGCUUAAGACAGAGGUGCCAGUCUGCUAAUUGCUACUCUGAAUGGAUAUUGGCUAAUUCUCAACAAUUCAGUUUGCUUUUUUUAAUAUGUCUCAGACUGCUCUCUCUCGCUCUCUCUCUUUUUAAAGAAGUAUUAGUAACAGGAAUGUCUUGAUGAGUAUGUGAUUUCCUUCUCAGGAGUAUGUACCCUUUUUAUUUUCUUCUGUUUCCCAAAGCUUUGCCCGCUUGGCUUAUGAGCUUCUUCAAAGAGGACUAGAACUCCCUACACAUUUCAUCAGGUACAGAGAUGAAAAUCCACAAUUCUGACACUUUUCUUUUCAAAUCAAAGCCAGUUGUUUUGGAAUUCUGCGGGUGUACUUCUUUAAAGAAGCUCAAAGGGAAUAGAUUAAGCAAGGCAAAGGCAGCUGAAUGGGCAAUGUCAUAUUGAUAGGCAAAUGCUAAUUUAUCCAAUAUAUAGAAAAGAUUUGGGGAGGGCCAAUAAUAUUUGAUGCACAGAAUAACACAGGUUUGCUAAGUGUCUUUAGAGGAGAAGGAGGGGACUGAAGGUAAAGAGGAUUCUUGAGCAUUUCCAGUAGCUUUGUUUAAGGAAAUCUCUUUUCCCCAGGUUAUUAAAUGAGUUUUGCAGUUCUUGGUUUAGAAAAAAAACAUGUCUUGGGAUGAGGGAAAUCAACCAAAUUCCAAGCAUUUGCAGAAAUUUAAGUGCAUUACAGUAUAUUUUAUAAAUGAGAUUUUAAAAAGCGUUUUCCCCCUUGUUUGGAAUACCUACUAAAGUUAUACUUCAGUGAAAGAAGAUGAAUUUCACCUUGCAUGUUAUCAGCUUGGAAAUGCCUUGUUGACUUGAUAAUGGCUAUGGUGUUCCAUGCAUUUUGAAAAAUCAUUUCCCUUUUGUCACAACAGCUUAUGUCUAUACAUCAUUUUGACUUAACAUACUGAAUUCAUGCUAGGAGAUGAGAAUAGGAUAAACACAUUACCAUGGCUGUAACUUCCAUUAUUUUUGGUAGAACUUUGUUCUCCUUAAGCGAACACUUAUGGAUGGGGUCCAUUUGUUUCACAGGGUAGUGUUUUACAUUUGGAAUUCAGUUUUCAAAAGCAAUUUGGGUCCAUGCAGUUUCUAAUUUUAAAAAUAUGAAGGGUUAUUUCUCACAAUGUAAACUUCAAGAGUACAAGAAGUGACCAGUGCCCCAAUUAAAAUGGCUGCACAUGUCUGUUUCACCAUGUGUAUAACUAUUCAACACAUAUUCAGCAUAUAGCAGAAUGAUGCAGCCAAAUGGAGUUCUGUACGGCAUAUACACACAGUGAAAUAUGCAUGUGUAUUUGCUUGAAACAUGAAGACGUACAUUCUGAAUUCAUCACCUACUGUGUUCCAAACAGUAUCAUGCACAAUGCAACUGCUGAAUUACGUACACUGUGUUUUAGAACUGGUCCCUAAGAUCUCAUUCCCAACCUUUAUAAACCAUAAAGUACUUGAAAUUAA